UCCUCCUCCUCCUCCUCACUUCUUCUCAAUUAAUAUCUCGCCACUCCUCCAUCCCUCUGCCUCGGCGGCCACCACCUCACUCGGUCGGCUCCGCAUUUCGGGCGGCGUGGGUUUGAGAUCUGGGCGCGGGGAUGGCGUCGUUCGCGGUGUCCGGCGCCACGCUCGGGGUCGUGCUGGCCGGCAGCGGCGGCGGAGGGCUCUCGUCGACGGCGCGAUCAGCGCGGGCCGGGGUGGACUUGCCGUCGCUGCUCCUCAGGAAGAAGGACUCCUCCUCUCGCGCCGUUCUGAGCUGUGCGGGCGCUCCGGGGAAGGUGCUGGUGCCUGGCGGUGGAAGCGACGACUUGCUCUCCUCCGCCGAACCUGUCUCGACCACUCCAGCGCAGCCUGAAGAAUCACAGAUACCUGAAGACAUCAGCGAGCAAACGGCCGAGGCAAGCACAUCAGUUGACGCUGAAGACAAACUUGAAUCUUCAGAACCAACUCAGGGUAUCGUGGAAACAAUCACCGACAGCGUAACUGAAGGAGUCAAGGAAUUAGUCGUGGAGGAGAAACCACGAGUUAUCCAACCACCAGGAGAUGGGCAGAAAAUAUACCAGAUCGACCCAAUGCUGGAAGGAUUUCGGAGCCAUCUUGACUACCGAUACAGCGAAUACAAGAGAAUUCGUGCUGCUAUUGACCAAUAUGAAGGUGGUUUGGAUGGAUUUUCUCGUGGUUAUGAAAAGCUUGGAUUUAUCCGCAGUGCUGAAGGUAUUACUUACCGAGAAUGGGCUCCUGGAGCACAUUCUGCAGCAUUAGUAGGUGACUUCAACAAUUGGAAUCCAAAUGCAGAUACUAUGACCAGAAAUGAGUAUGGUGUUUGGGAGAUUUUCCUCCCUAACAAUGCUGAUGGGUCUCCAGCUAUUCCUCAUGGCUCACGUGUAAAGAUACGGAUGGAUACGCCAUCUGGUGUGAAGGAUUCAAUUUCUGCUUGGAUCAAGUUCUCUGUGCAGGCUCCAGGUGAAAUACCAUACAAUGGCAUAUAUUAUGAUCCACCGGAAGAGGAGAAGUAUGUAUUCCAACAUCCUCAACCUAAACAACCAAAGUCACUGCGGAUAUAUGAAUCACAUAUUGGAAUGAGUAGCCCGGAACCGAAGAUAAACACAUAUGCUAAUUUUAGGGAUGAGGUGCUACCAAGAAUUAAAAGGCUUGGAUACAAUGCAGUACAGAUAAUGGCAAUCCAGGAGCACUCAUAUUAUGCAAGCUUUGGGUACCAUGUUACUAAUUUUUUUGCACCAAGCAGCCGUUUCGGAACUCCAGAGGACCUAAAAUCUUUGAUAGAUAGAGCACAUGAGCUUGGUUUACUUGUGCUUAUGGAUAUUGUUCACAGUCAUUCAUCAAAUAAUACCCUGGACGGUCUGAAUGGAUUCGAUGGCACUGAUACACAUUAUUUCCAUGGUGGUCCUCGGGGCCAUCAUUGGAUGUGGGAUUCUCGUCUAUUCAACUAUGGGAGUUGGGAAGUUUUAAGAUUUUUACUGUCAAAUGCAAGAUGGUGGCUUGAAGAAUAUAAAUUCGAUGGAUUCCGAUUUGAUGGGGUGACCUCCAUGAUGUAUACUCACCAUGGAUUACAGGUGUCUUUUACUGGGAACUAUGGCGAGUAUUUUGGAUUUGCUACGGAUGUUGAUGCGGUAGUUUACUUAAUGCUGGUAAACGAUAUGAUUCACGGACUAUAUCCUGAUGCUGUAGCUAUUGGUGAAGAUGUCAGCGGAAUGCCUACAUUUUGCCUUCCUGUUCAAGAUGGUGGUGUUGGUUUUGACUAUCGCCUACAUAUGGCUGUAGCAGAUAAAUGGAUCGAACUCCUGAAGCAAAGUGAUGAAUCUUGGAAAAUGGGAGAUAUUGUGCACACUCUAACAAAUAGAAGAUGGUCAGAGAAGUGCGUCACUUACGCAGAAAGUCAUGAUCAAGCACUAGUUGGUGACAAGACUAUUGCAUUCUGGUUGAUGGAUAAGGAUAUGUAUGAUUUCAUGGCUUUGGACAGACCUUCAACACCUCGCAUUGAUCGUGGCAUAGCAUUACAUAAAAUGAUUAGGCUUGUCACCAUGGGUUUAGGGGGCGAAGGCUAUCUUAACUUCAUGGGAAAUGAGUUUGGGCAUCCUGAAUGGAUAGAUUUUCCAAGAGGUCCCCAAACUCUUCCAAACGGCUCGGUCCUCCCUGGAAACAACAAUAGUUAUGAUAAGUGCCGCCGUAGAUUCGACCUUGGAGAUGCGGAUUUUCUCAGAUAUCAUGGUAUGCAAGAGUUUGAUCAGGCAAUGCAGCAUCUUGAAGAAAAAUAUGGAUUCAUGACAUCUGAGCACCAGUAUGUUUCACGGAAACAUGAGGAAGAUAAGGUGAUCAUCUUCGAGAGAGGAGAUUUGGUAUUUGUUUUCAACUUCCACUGGAGCAAUAGCUUUUUUGACUACCGUGUUGGUUGUUCCAAGCCUGGGAAGUACAAGGUGGCCUUAGACUCUGACGACGUUCUCUUUGGUGGAUUCAGUAGGCUUGAUCAUGACGUCGAGUACUUCACAACUGAAGAUCCACAUGACAACAGGCCGCGAUCUUUCUCGGUGUACACACCGAGCAGAACUGUCGUCGUGUAUGCCCUUACAGAGUAGAACCAGCUGCAAAAGAACUUCAGAGAGCCUGUGGCGCGACGACACCACCGUCUAAUGCAACCAAGUGUGAGGCUGUGAUUUCGAGGGGAUUGUCCCUCUUCAUCGGAUGGCUGGAAGGACAGAUGGAUACAUAGUUUGCUGGUGAACUCUCGGUUGCACUUGACACUCAUGAUAUGUUGCUCAUUCCCUGUGCUAUUUUUGUACAUAGUGAUGCCUUCCCCGCCGUCUUUCUUAAAUCAGUUUGCUCAGUAAGUAUUCCGGUACUC